CUGCGGUCGCUGACAGCCCAGCGCAUUGUCUUGUGUUGUUGGCGCAACAGCCUGGUCGGGGCAGGACAGGGACCUUUGUAUCUCCACCGCAAUCUCACACGGGAGAUUGUCUGAAGCCAUGGGAAACAGGGACGAUGAGUACGAUUUCUUGUUCAAAGUUGUACUAAUAGGAGACUCCGGAGUGGGGAAGAGUAACCUGCUGUCCCGUUUCACAAGGAAUGAGUUCAACCUGGAGAGCAAGAGCACCAUCGGGGUGGAGUUCGCCACCCGCAGCAUCCAGGUGGAUGGCAAGACGAUAAAGGCUCAGAUCUGGGACACGGCUGGACAGGAGCGCUACAGAGCCAUCACCUCAGCGUAUUACCGGGGCGCGGUUGGGGCUCUCCUAGUUUAUGACAUUGCCAAGCACCUGACGUACGAGAACGUGGAGCGCUGGCUGAAGGAGCUGAGGGACCACGCCGACAACAACAUCGUCAUCAUGCUGGUUGGCAACAAGAGCGACCUCCGCCACCUCAGAGCCGUGCCCACUGACGAGGCUCGAGCCUUUGCAGAAAAAAACACACUGUCAUUCAUUGAGACAUCGGCGCUGGACUCAACAAAUGUAGAAGAGGCCUUCAAGAACAUUUUAACAGAAAUCUACCGCAUCGUAUCACAGAAGCAGAUAGCAGACAGAUCUGCACAUGACGAGUCUCCAGGCAACAACGUAGUGGACAUCAGCGUCCCCCCGACCACCGAUGGCCAAAAAGGCAACAAACUCCAGUGCUGCCAAAGCCUGUGACACUCCACAAUGCUGUGACCUCCCGCUGCUCCUCCUCAUCCACCCUGACAUCAUGUCUCCCCUCAUGACAUCCACACGCUUUCUGUUCCUAUAGCCUCUGUUCAUGGGCCAGUGCUCACCUCACUCCUCUUUUCCUCUCAUUUGUUCUUUCUUGUACAGUACUUUUACUAUUGAACUCACUUGUGCUCUUCUCUUCUGCCAUGAAAGAAACUUUAAAAAGCCUUUAUGUCUCUUGGUCAGUCAAGUUAUUAAUGGAGUCAAUGUGAAGGUUCCUGCAGUGUAGGAACAAGGCAAUUGUUGCUGUCUGACUGAAGCCUGUGAAACUGAAAUUGAACUCUACUGAGAUGCUGUCAUGCACGGGGGGGUUGUUGAACAUUUCAACUGUUACCACUAGAUGGUGCUGUGUAAAUACAGUAAGUUCAGCGCCUACUGGUGAAGCAGUAUUAAUGCAUUUGAAAGAGUGGUUCCUCUUGCUUUGUUUUUGCAACAGUUAAGUUAUCAUGCCAAAAUCACACCGUCAUUGUGUAUUUAUUAAAAUAUAUUUGGCUUAAGUUGUCAUUGUUUUACUUUCAAUAUAAGCACUGUAAAAAAUUUACAAUAAACUCCUUAACAAAA